GCGCCUUCUUGUGGUCGUUUUUGUUGUCUCUUUAUGUAUAUUUAUAUAUCUGGAAAUUUUUUUGCAACAAAACGCCAUUUUAAAAAUCACGUAAGAUUAUGGGGAGGAAGCAUAAAAAACAUCAUAGAUCAGAUCCAGAAUCUGGAGAAGAACCAGAAGAAGCCAAAUCUACUUCGGGUAUUAAAAUUGUUCUUAAGCUAGGAGCUACAACACCUACUAGUAGUGAAGGUGCAGAAUCUCCUGAGCGGAAACAUAAACAUAAAAAAGAAAAAAAGAAAAAAAAACAUAAGCAUUCAGAUUAUGAGCGGGAAGUCUUCCCAUCAUCUAAUAAAAUACUACUUAAAAAAUCUGACUUUCCAAAAGUACCUGUAGAAAAAACCCCACCGCCACCUCUACCGCCUCCACCUCCUCCGAUUGCUACUCCUCAUAUCCCUGAACCUCCUCUCAAAAAGGCAAAAGCGAAUCGUCUUGAUCAGAAUCAAAUUUUAAAUACCAACACUGGUCGACCCCAAAGAGAACGAAAAGAUGCUAGAGUUGCUAAUCUCAGAACAGCUUUGGACUAUAUCCAUAGACAAUUGUCAAACAAAGAUGUAAAGAAUUAUUUUGCUAUGCCCGUUACCGAUGCUAUAGCUCCUGGAUACUCUGCUAUAAUCCAAAACCCUAUGGACUUAUCUACAAUGUUAGAGAAAAUAGCAGCUGAUCAGUACAAAGAUUUCAGUGAAUACAAAAGUGAUUUCAAGCUAAUGUGCGAUAACGCUAUGGUUUACAAUAGACCAGAAACUGUCUACUAUAAGGAGGCAAAGAAACUUUUAGUCGCUGCAGAAAAGUUGUUAUCUCAAGAAAAAUUAUUUAAUAUGAGGCGACAGCUCCCUUGUAUGAUGGCCCUAUCACUAACUGAACUGGGUCUACCAUCAGACCUUGAAAGAAUAUCAACACCAUCUCCUCCUCCCUCACUUAAUAAUUCAACAUUUGAUAUGUCUCAUAAUAAUCUGAGCUAUUUAGCUGAACAAAAAGAGGAACUUCAAAUUGAUUAUAAACCUGAUAUUGUUUGCGACAAUAUCUCGCCGGAGGAUCUUGAGGCGCAAGUUGUAGAGGCAGCUACACAAGCUGGUAAAAAGCUUCAAGAAGAACAAAAGAACUCCAAAAUUGGUUUUCUUAGAAGGAAAGAUGAUGGCUCGACCAGCUUUUGCUUCCUAAAUCCAGAUAUGAAUGGAUAUGUAAGCGAAAAUGAAAGAAUCGUAACGCUUGGUCAAUUAGCCGGGAAAAUAAGGGAUGGUAGUGGUCACAUAAUAUCCCCUCAGGACGAUCAGAGAGAUGCAGCAAAGCCUGUAAAAUUUCUCAAUUAUGGUCCAUUCGGAAGUUAUGGACCAACUUACGAUUCUACAUUUGCGACCUUAGAUUUGGAAGAUUCGAAAAUGCUGCUAAAUGUUUACGGUGAUGAAAAUAGUGCAGCGUAUGCCAACAGUUUGAGAUCGUAUGUUGAUGAUUGUGGAGAUAUAGCUAUUCAGAUGGUUGACUCAAUGCUGGACUAUAUUACUGGUAAUAAGCACUCAGCACUGUGGAAAAAGGCGGAAGAGUUGAAGAAGGAAGCUGAAGAGUUGAAAGCUGAAUUGGCAAAGAAAAAGAAAGAGACUGAAGAAUUAUAUAAAUUAGCAGAAGAGUCCAGCAAACAGACGGAAGAUAUUGAUUUUAAUGCUCUGAGAAACUUAUCCGAAGAACUUAAUAUGGACAUGAACUUUUUGGAAGCAUUUGAAAGUGAAACAAAAGUGCAAAAUAAAUUGGACGAAACUAAUAAACUGAUAGAGGAGCUUGAAACUCAGCAACUCGAACGUCUAAGCAGAAAACCCCCACCGCAUUUAAAAGAUCUGCCAUCCUCGAGUGAAGAAGAAAAGCAAUUAGCUAAGAAUGUCAUGUCCAAUCUAACGGACCUUUGUCGGGCACUUCAACCAGGCCAAGUCGUCAAUUCUCAAGCAAUUCGACAAGCUAUGGGAAUAGGACAUGCCAACUCAUCUCAAACCCAAAGCGAAGCGUUCAAGCCCAUCAAAAGCGAAGAUAUUACUAUAAUCGAUGGGGGAGUAAUCGAAUAG